CCACCAGCAUUUGUUAGCUUUCGAAAAUACACAAACCAUCGAGAGAGACACAGAGCUCUAAUAGAAAAUUAAUCUGUUCGCCAAUAAACCCACAUUGUUCGCCCUCUCCCACUUGUUCCCCACCAAUUUUCAGACAUUUGAGCAUUUCUCUCUUUUGGAUUUUGCUUCUCUUUUUGUUGUUUGCUUUUCUUUUCAUUGCUCUAUCCGUUUUCAGUUUGUAUCUUUUCUUGGUUCUGUAGUCACUUUUCUUCUCUGUUUCUCUGUUUCUGAUUCAGAGUUAUCUACACAACUACAUACUGUUUGAGAUAUUGGUUGUUAAGAGGCACUUAGAAGAUUUGAUUUCCUUUGAGUAAAAUGGGGAUAGCUCUUUCAUGCCCAUUCGCUGAUUUUGAUGAUUUGGAUAGUCCUUUGGAUGCUGUUCUUGUGAGAUCAAUUGCUACUGUAGAUGGAGAAAUGAGGGCUGCUUUGAGUCCUGUCAGUUUCAAGGGCCGUGGUUCAGAAUCUGCUAUGACAAGCUUUAAAGGAAGAGAUUUGCCUACUACAUUCUCCUUUAAAUCUCUUACUUCACAAAUGGAAAAUGGGUUGUUUUCUAGGUCUAUUAGCCCUGAAAGUGGAGAGAAGGAUGACAAAUUGGCAACAGUUGAUAGCUUAUCUGUGAAAAAUGACCAGACACCAUUGGCUGAAUCAGGGACACAAAGGCACCAGGCUGCACUGAAGUUGCAGAAAGUGUACAAAAGUUUCAGAACCAGGCGGCAGCUGGCAGAUUGUGCAGUUGUUGUUGAACAGAGAUGGUGGAAGCUGCUUGAUUUUGCUGAACUCAAGAGAAGCUCUAUAUCUUUCUUUGACAUUGAGAAACCAGAGACUGCUAUUUCACGUUGGUCAAGAGCAAGAACGAAAGCUGCCAAGGUAGGAAAAGGUUUGUCUAAGGAUGCAAAGGCUCGGAAGCUUGCUUUACAGCAUUGGCUCGAAGCAAUUGAUCCUCGACACCGCUAUGGCCAUAAUCUUCAAUUUUAUUAUGUCAACUGGCUCCACUGUCAAAGUAAACAGCCUUUCUUCUAUUGGCUUGAUAUUGGAGAAGGGAAAGAAGUCAACCUUGAUAAGUGUCCUAGAUCGAAGCUUCAACAACAGUGCAUAAAAUAUCUUGGUCCUACCGAAAGGCAGGCUUAUGAGGUAGUAUUGGAGAACGGGAAGUUUUUCCACAAGCAGAGUGGGAAGCUUCUUGAUACAACAGGAGGACCUAAAGAUGCUAAGUGGAUUUUUGUUCUCAGUACAUCGAAGACCUUAUAUAUUGGUUUGAAGAAGAAAGGAACAUUUCAACAUUCAAGUUUCUUGGCUGGUGGAGCUACACUAUCUGCCGGAAGAUUAGUCGUGAAAGAUGGUGUUUUGAAGGCAGUCUGGCCUCACAGCGGACAUUAUCUUCCAUCAGAAGAGAACUUUCAGGCAUUCAAAUCCUUCCUUAAGGAACAGAACGUCGACCUCACCGAUGUAAAGGAAAGCCCCGAGGAAGAAGAAGAAGAAGAAGAAGCCAUUACCAAAAAGAGCAGCAGCAUUAGUUUCCGAGACACCAAAGUGACAAGCAUUGAAAGCUUGCCUCAGCAGAACACGAAUUCCAGGGAACAAGAUUCUAAUGCCGAAGAAAAUACUGAUCUACACCGAACAAAAAUGUCUCCUGAAUUACGCUCAAAGCUUACUAAACUUGAGAUACCAAGUAGAGUUGAUAUAUAUGAAAUUUUCAAGGAGGUUGCAACAACUGAACCAAGCAGUAAUGCCAAGCCUGCUAGUGCUAAAUCUUCCAUUGAAGAUGGUUACGAAUCAGCAAAAGAUUCAUUCUCUCAGGAUGAUGAUUAUGAAUCAGCAGAAGAUUCAUUUUUCACAGAGGAAGAUUUCAUGUUUCUUAAGACGAAUUUGUUUGAUGAAGAUCAAGAAGAAGCAGAUGAAGAAUCCAUCCCAAAAGAAAAAAUACUGAAAAGGAUAAAUUCACAUAAAGGGAUGAAGUCAUAUCAACUGGCUAAUCAAUUAUCCUCUAAAUGGACUACAGGGGCAGGGCCAAGGAUUGGGUGUAUGAGGGACUACCCAUCAGAGCUUCAAUUUCGGGUUUUAGAGCAAGCAAACUUGUCACCAAGACUUGGAAGUGGUAACUCAACUCCCCGAACGAUAUCCCGUUUUAGCCCAAAAGCUUUGACCCCAACUUCAGCAGGCAGAGAAACAGUCUCCAGAAGUCCUCUUUCUUCAGGUGGAAUUGUCCCACACUUCAGCUCCUUAGACUCACCUGGGGUCGAGAAGGUUCUAUAGGAUUCUUCUUAACACUUUUUCUUGUUUUUUUUUUUUUUCCAAUUGUUUUAGAAAUAUUUUUGCUGUCCCUUUAUUUAUAUAAUCCUGCCAUUUUCACGUCCAUGCAUCUGUAAACGUGCAUGUGAUACCAGCUUAGGAAUUGGGCCUCUUGAACUUUUUGUAGAGCUCUUCUUAAAAUGAGUUCCCACUUGUUACUCUGUAUUUAAUUACAACGUCCAAUGAUUUUCGGAAUGCA